AUUUUCCCUUGAAAAGAAAUUUAAAAUUUUAAAACUAUUUGGCGACCAGUUUAAAAGAUCUACAAUCGAGCAGUUUUUGUUCAGCAUGUUUGAAUGCUAUGAAAAUGUUGCACUGUACCGAUUGAUACUCCUACUUUGUCUGUGUCAAGUUGCAUGUUCUUCUAAAACUCAGCUGUACGAUGAGCCCCGAUUGCCGGCAAAUGUAAAGCCAUUCCACUAUGACAUUAGAUUGUUAACUCACCUGGAGAGCUCAGCCCAUCCCAGCUACAAUGGUUUCGUUAGGAUUUCCAUUCAUGCACAAAAGACCACCAAUCAAGUGGUGCUUCAUGUGGGCAGAGUGUUAAUCGAGGCCAAGAAAAUCAGGCUAUUUGGUGGGACGUCCAACUAUCGUCUGAUAUAUGUCAGGUUCAUCAAGGAUCGGGAAUAUAUGGUUGUUGCCUUCAACCAAUCCUUGUUGAUGGGCAAAUCCUAUGUCCUCAGCAUCGAAUUCGGCAGGUCAAUGUCCACGGAUGAGAGGGAUGGUUAUUUUAUACGCCACUAUGUACACUCGAAGACCUCGGAGAAAAUCUGGUACUCCGUGUCCCACUUCAAUCGAAACUGGAUAAGGAACACCAUGCCCAGCUUCGAUGAGCCCUCCCUGAAGGCCACUUUUAAUGUGACCAUGGGUCAUCACAAGCGCUUCCAGAGCUACAGCAAUAUGCAUAUCCAAGCUGUGCAGCCCAACCGCGAGAUACAGGACUAUGUAUGGUCCGUGCAUGAGGUUACGCCCUUGAUUCCCACACAUUUGCUGGCCCUUUCCGUAAACAACUUCAACUGCCGGUAUAGCCAAGCAGCCAGUACGAAUCCAGUUCGAUUUCGUACCUGUGCCCAGUCGGCUGAUGUGCGUGAGACCUCCUUUGCCGCCCAAAUGGCUCCUCAGAUUCUGGAGUUCCUGGACAGUUUGCUUCAGGUGGCACUACCACUGGAGAAGAUCGAUCAACUGGUGGUGGAUGAUUUUCCUGCAGCAGCCACGGAAAAUUUCGGUCUCGUCGUCUACAGUAGCACACAGCUGUUGCUCCGUGAAGAUGGGCCAAUGAACAAGGAAAAAGUGGAGGCACUCGAGCUAAUCUCCUAUGAAAUGGCACAUGUGUGGUUUGGCAAUCUGCUGGGAAUGGACUUGAACUCAGACAUCUGGUUAACGGAGGGACUAGCCGGAUACUUUAAAAGCCUGGCCAUGGAUCACUUGCAAUCGGGAAUGGGUCGCCGGAUACUGCUCAGGUAUCGCGAAUCCUCCAUCAUGUACGAAUCGCAGGUGGGCGGCAUAUCCUUGGUGCCUCCUUCAUCAGUAGCCACUCCUAAUGAAGAGAAGCAACUGUACCAGAAGGCCACCUCUCUGAUUUAUAUGCUGAUUGGCUUCUUGGGCAAUGAGACUUUUUACGAUGGACUUCGGCGGCACAUGUGGCAGAACUCCUUUGGCAGCAGCACGCCCGAGCUCUUCUGGAGAUCCCUACAACUGGCCAGCGAAAGGGAGGCCGCUUUGGCCAAAAACUGGGAUGUCAAAAGCAUCAUGGACACGUGGACUAUGCAGGACGGCUAUCCGUUAGUCACUGUAAUCCGGAACGGGAGUGAAGUAUUUCUGACGCAGAGACACGCCCUCAACCGCAGCAGCUCCCAGCUUUGGUGGAUUCCGCUGACCUACCUCAUAGAGGGCGGAUCUUUUUCCAAAAACCUCGAGCCGAGGGCGUGGCUUAGUGCCGACAGCCAUAGCAUAAAACUAAAUGCUAUAGUUCCGCCUAACCAGUGGAUCCUUCUUAAUCUGCGUGCUGUUGGCUACUACAGAGUCAACUAUGACGAGCACACCUGGCAGCUUUUGGCCACCACACUGUUCGAUGACUUUCGUAGCAUAAAUGUCCUAAACCGUGCCCAGAUCGUCAGCGAUAUUCUAUUCCUCUGGAAUCAGGAGCUGCUCACCUGGUCCACUGCCUUCAAUGUAUUGAAGUACAUCAUCAACGAGGACGAGUACGAACCUCUGGUGGCUUUCGUUGUGGGCGUGACCAAUGGUUUCUGUGGAAUCUCGACGGAGAGUUCGUUUAGCAUUGCGAAAUGGCUUGGAAUUGCUGCGAAAUGGUAUGCAGAGUUCAUCAGUUACACGUUCGACAAAUUCGUGGUUCAGGAUCCCAGCCAGAAUCUGAAUAGCCUUGACUACCCAGACUAGCCGGAAACAAUGGUGGCCCACUCGAGCACCACAAACUAAUGGGCCAGGGCAGAUGCACUCCCAUUUGCCCAGUGGCAAGUCUCCAUCUUUGGGAGCUGGCGAAAUGAAACCGCCAUCAAUGAACCGCAAUUGUAUUUGUUUGCAAAUAACUGAGCGUUAUCUGAGACUAUUUAUCUUUAUCUGCAACAACAGCAAAAGCAUCUCCGCACAAUGCCAAAGGACCAGGAAGGAGCAGGAAGGAGCAGCCCCUGGGAACUGCGGAUCCACUUACAGCCAAGGCGCCAACUGAAAUAAUGAUGCAGGCGAAAUAACAAUAAAGGCGGGCCGCGAAAAGGACUGGGCAGGAAUAAAGGACAGUAUCGAUGCUCCUUUCCGCAGCGGUAAAGACAAUGGCAGACCUCGUGAUAUUGCAGCAAUUUCCAUGGCAAUGCAAUGGGCUGCUUCUACUUACCAAAUCACUUCAAGGAGUCGCGUCUUUAAGGUCGCUGCAAAGAGUUUUAGGUCGAAGUUUGUGGAAGAAAUAUAAGUAAAGUAUUAUAGUCGGUUGAAAAUCUGAAAAUUGUGUGAGCAAAAAGUUCGUUUUACGCCUAAUGAAAUUUGGGCAAUACCGUGGGAGCCAAAGCUCAGGCGGAAGCGUAUUCCGCCUAAAACCAUGCAAAUUAAAUUAAAUGGAAAAUAUAUUACC